UAUAUAAACAUUUACAAUAUACAAAUAUACAUAUUAUUGUACUACGUAUGCAGAUAUAUGAUGUCCCGACUGAAUGUGCUUGUAGGAGUUUUUCUUUUAACCUUCUAUGUGUGUAUUGCAAAAUUGACUAUUCCAAUCACGGAUGAAGGUUGUGCUGCUAUAAAGGGAAGAUGUCAAAAUGUACGGACCACACCUUGCACUGGUGGUAAUAAAUUCUAUGAGCUGUUAUGUGCAGGAACUGAUCAACUUUGCUGUGCCAGGAAAACUGAAGAGAAAGAUUGCCAGGCCAAAGGAGGAUCUUGUGAUUACCAUUGCCAAGGAUCUAAACCAUUCGCAAAUAUUUGUGAAGGUCACAUGUCUUGCUGCAUAGCAUUCACAUAGCAGCAGUUAUUACAUUAAAAUAAUGCAAUAAAGGUAACAACUGUUACAAAUUACUUUG